CCUCUCGGCCGCCAUUCAUCGAAGGCGGUGUUUACGAAGAUACGUUUCUCCAGCCAAUCAGCGCUCAGGCUGCUUCAGUCUUCUGAUUCUCUUGCGCGUGCUACUCUUCAGGGGUUCUGAAAGAUGGCCCAGAAGCUCCUCCUGAGGCUGUUCCAGUCCGUCCCUCUCAAGCACCUCUCUGUGCCGCUUCGAUCCCCACCUUCUUCACUGCUCUCCAGGGUGUCUGCUUUGUCAUGCCACACCGUCUUGUGUCGUUCCUUGCCCACCACUGCUGCACGUGCUGCAGCCACUAGGACAUUUUCCACUACUCAGGUCUUCAGAGACACCUUUAAUGUCCAGGAUGGGGAUGACUUCCAAGACAGAGUUUUGAAGAGUCAGAAGCCAGUGGUGGUAGACUUCCAUGCACAGUGGUGUGGCCCCUGCAAGAUCCUGGGGCCCAGACUAGAAAAGAUGGUGGCAAAGCAGAAGGGCAGAGUGCUGAUGGCAAAAGUGGACAUUGACGACCACACAGAUCUAGCCCUUGAAUAUGAGGUUUCGGCCGUGCCUACAGUCUUGGCUCUGAAGAACGGCAGCGUGGUGGAUAAAUUUGUGGGGAUUAAGGAUGAGGAUCAGCUGGAAGCCUUCCUCAAGAAACUCGUUGGGCCUUGAGCAAGCCGAGGACAGCAGUCACCCGAGGCCUCUUGCGUUUUGUCCUUCUUGUCUGUUUGCUUGGAGGGGACGUGUGGGUUGGAGGGAGUGGGCGCCAUCUUCUUCCCCCUUCCUUAUGAGGGGUGGGGGGAAGCAACACUCCCAGGAGGUUUGAGCGCGAUGGGAAGGCUGGUCAGUUGGUGGUGGAGGCAUGGCCCAAUGGCCAGUGGCAAGAAAGGUGGGACUCCUGCUGAGGGAGAGAAGUUUCCUUCUCCACCCUGACCCAGGCUAGAAUCAAUGUAGUUCAUAGCUGCUGCCGGUGAGGAGGGGGCAGAUUUUGUGCAGGAUUCUGUCACUCUGCUUUCUCUCUCAAAUAUUUUCCUGAAUCGAGUGCGGCGCUGGCUGAGGUAAAAGCACCUUCCUGGGGUCUCCUUUAAACUGGGCUGCUUCGCCUAGCUGCUUUGUGCAGCUGGGAGACCAGUUCAAAUGA